GGUGCUCGGCCAGUACAGCGCGUGCGCUCCGGUGCGAUUCACCGUCUCCUCGCGAACAUGGCGGCGCCUGGGCUCUCCAGCCGGGCUGGUUCUGCUGGCAACAGCCCCACCGCCACCCCGAGCAGCACCAAACACGUCCCGAACCCCCCCGAGCUGGACUUCAGGUCCGGUACCAGGAUCGAGGAGCUCAACCGACUGAUCGGGGAAUUCAGCAAACACGAGCAGCGGGAGUAUGACGACCAGCGUGCGCUCGAGAUCCACACGGCCAAGGACUUCAUCUUCUCCAUGCUCGGCAUGGUGCAGAAGUUGGACCAGAAGCUUCCAGUUGCCAAUGAGUACCUGCUGUUGUCCGGCGGGGUGAGGGAGGGUGUGGUUGACAUGGAUCUGGACGAAUUGACGGUGUACGCGAGGGGAACGGAUUACGACAUGGACUUCACGUUGCUGGUUCCCGCGCUCAAACUCCACGACCGAAACCAGCCGGUCACGUUGGACAUGCGUCACUCGGCGCUCUGCCACUCCUGGCUCAGCCUGCGACUGUUUGACGAGGUAACCAUAAACAAGUGGAAGGACUGUUGCACUGUGGUCGACCACGUUAACGGCGCAACCAACUACUUUUUCUCGCCCACGCUGGUGGCCGAUUGGUUCUACGAAUCCAUUAGUUUGGUUUUGGCGGAGAUUCAGAAGAAGCCGCAGCGUGGCGUUCCUCGGGUCGAGAAAGUCGAGCGCAACUCAACGGUGAUCUCCAUCAUCUUGGGCGUCGGAGGCAGUCGGAUGCUAUACGACGUGGUACCGGUGGUUUCGUUCAAGGGUUGGCCCGCGGUGGCCCAAAGCUGGCUGAUGGAAAACCAUUUUUGGGAUGGGAAAAUCACUGAGGAGGAAGUGAUAAGUGGGUUUUAUUUGCUGCCCGCGUGCUCUUCUACAGGCCAGAAGGAAAACGAAUGGCGUUUGUCGUUUGCGCGCAGCGAGGUGCAGCUGAAGAAGUGCAUUUCCACGAGUCUGAUGCAGGCGUACCAAGCUUGUAAAGCUCUGAUUAUUAAGCUGCUGUCCCGACCCAAAGCCAUCAGCCCGUACCACCUGCGCUCGCUAAUGCUUUGGUCCUGCGAUCGCCUGCCGCACACGUACCUGGCGCAGGAAGACUAUGCCGCGCACUUCUUGCUAGGUUUGAUCGACGACUUGCAGCAUUGCUUGGUUAAUAAGACCUGCCCUAAUUACUUCAUCCCUCAAUGCAACAUGCUAGAGCACCUCAGCGACGACACGGCUAUGCUACAUGCGCGCAAGUUAUCGUCUGUACGCUCCGACCCAGUGGAGCACUUGCGGAGCGCAAUCGAACACGCUAAAGCCGCCUCGCGGCUAACGCUUGAGCUUCAAUGGCGCGGCGGAAGCUCGAACCUGCCGUCGCCGCUGUCGGACCCGGGAGGCGAUCAGCAACCGGACGACCGGCUCGCGAAGAAACUCCAGCAACUGGUCACAGAGAAUCCUGGGAAGUCCAUCUCCGUCUUCAUCAACCCGGACGACGUCACACGACCUCACUUUCGCAUUGAUGAUAAGUUCUUCUGAAGCCACGCCCACUGAUCUGAUUGGACGUUGACUGCAGAUGACCUCACUUUCGCAUCGGUGACAUUCUUCUGAAGCCACGCCCACUGAUCUGAUUGGACGUUUACUGCAGAUGACCUCACUUUCGCAUCGGUGACAUUCUUCUGAAGCCACACCCAAAAAUCUGAUUGGCUGCGGACUGCAGACAACGUCAUGCAACCUCACCCUCGC